AUGCGCGGCGGCGGCUCGGCCGCAAAGGACGGCAGCGAGCGCAUGCUGUCCCCCGGUCCCAGCGUGGCGCUGGCUUGGGACAGGCUGCUCGACAGGGGCCUCGGCGGCGCGGAGUGGGUGACGGGGCCGAAGGGGGAGGGCUGGCCGCCGCCGCCGCCGUCGGAGCGCUGGGCCCAGGCCCGUAUGAGGCGGCCCUCCGGGCUGGGCGGUGGACCGCCGGCCUCGGCCGCUGCGUUCCAGAAUGCCACCCUCUGCAGGGGAUUGAGAGUGGGCGUGCAGAAGGGGGCUUGGGAGGGUGCUAGGGUGAUGCACGAACAUUUCUUCGAGCCCUCGAUCGCACGCAAGACUCCGCCUUGA